CUCUAACUUGCUUUUAGAGUACUUAAACUUUAUAUAAAUAAUGAAGGAAGAAGACAAUAAUAUCAAAUAAGUAACCUAAUCUAAAUAAUGUAAUCUUAGGAAGAAAACUAAUUUUUUAUACCACACUAUAUUAUACCCAUAAACUAUGCUCCAAUUUCAAAUGAAAUAGAGAAUUAUAAAAUGACGAUUCAUCAUUUAACCGAAGAGAAUCACUUUUUGAGAAAGCAACUUCUAAAUAAUUAAGUUUCAGGCAUUCUAUCUUUGAAUGUAGAAUAAUUAAAGGAGGAAGUAUUUAAAAUGAUUGAUUAUCUAAUGACAAAUCUCAAUUACCUUCCCAAAGAAUAAACAUUCGCAUACAGAAAAACUAUUCGAUAGUGUACAUAGAGAAGUGCACUUAAAAGAAUCUAUUUUCUUAUAUUUACUAGAUAUUUAUAAGUAAAAUUGCAUUUCAAAGAUGAUAGGCUGAAAAAACGAAAGAAGAAAUGAUAAAAUUCAUUAUUCGCAAAAGCGUGAAGUUUUAAAAGUCUACAAGUACUAUAUAGAAACAUGAAAUGAAGAAAAUGAACAAUGCAUUCGUUUAGCAAUUAUUUCUAUCAACUCAAUAUUAGUAACAUUAUUCAAACUUUCUAAGUAAGAAUAUCACAUGUUAUUUUAUUUAGAUCAAUAUUUAUAAUUAGCACUUGAUGAAAAUAAACACAAAAUUUAAAAAUAUGUGAAUUUCUUAGUGGAAUCAAUAUAAAAUGAUUAAAUUGAUGUAAUAUUUAAAGUUAUGUUAUUAGGAUGUGUUAAAUUAUAAAAGAUUUCCUUGGUUGAAUGAGUGGAUACAAUAAUCUGUUUAGAUUGCUAAAGAUCUUUAAUUUAGUAGCAAUUCAAAAUGUUUAGAAAACAAGAAAAAAAUAAAACUCUGA